AUGGCGGACCGGCGGCGCGCGUGGAACACGGAGGACGACCUGCCCGUGUACCUGGCGCGGCCGGGUAGCGCGGCGCAGACGCCGCGCCAGAAGUACGGCGGCAUGUUCGCCGCGGUGGAGGGCGCUUACGAGAACAAGACCAUCGACUUCGACGCGUACAGCGUGGGCCGCCGCGGCUCGGCGCGCACGCCUCGCAGUGCUGGCCGGCCCGACGCCGUCGGCCUGCCGGGGCCCGGCGGUAGCGAGGACACGGCCAGCGACGUGAGUGAGCUCUCGGGCUCGGCGGUCAGCUCGCCGGGCGAGCGCGAGGAGCGAGCACCCGCGCUGCGCAUCCGUUGCCCUGCGCCCCGUGACCUGCCACUCGGCCGGGACAAUGGCCAGAGUGACCGACUCCUCAUCAAAGGUGGACGGAUCAUCAACGAUGACCAAUCCUUCUAUGCUGACGUCUACCUGGAAGAUGGACUUAUAAAACAAAUAGGAGAGAACUUAAUAGUUCCUGGUGGAGUGAAGACCAUCGAGGCCAAUGGGCGGAUGGUGAUUCCCGGAGGUAUCGAUGUCAACACGUACCUGCAGAAGCCGUCCCAGGGGAUGACCGCUGCCGAUGACUUCUUCCAAGGGACCAGGGCCGCACUGGCAGGCGGGACCACGAUGAUCAUUGACCAUGUCGUCCCUGAACCUGGGUCUAGCCUGCUGACAUCCUUCGAGAAAUGGCAUGAAGCAGCUGACACCAAAUCCUGCUGCGACUAUUCCCUCCAUGUGGACAUCACAAGCUGGUACGAUGGUGUUCGGGAGGAGUUGGAGGUGCUGGUGCAGGACAAAGGUGUCAAUUCCUUCCAAGUCUACAUGGCAUAUAAGGAUCUCUACCAAAUGUCUGAUAGCCAGCUCUAUGAAGCCUUCACCUUCCUGAAGGGGCUGGGAGCUGUGAUCUUGGUCCACGCGGAAAACGGAGACUUGAUAGCUCAGGAACAGAAGCGGAUCUUGGAGAUGGGCAUCACAGGUCCCGAGGGUCAUGCUCUGAGCAGACCUGAGGAGCUAGAGGCUGAGGCCGUGUUUCGGGCCAUCACCAUUGCUGGCCGCAUCAACUGCCCGGUGUACAUCACGAAGGUGAUGAGCAAGAGUGCAGCGGACAUCAUCACCCUGGCCAGGAAGAAAGGCCCCCUGGUGUUUGGCGAGCCCAUCGCUGCCAGCCUGGGGACCGAUGGCACCCACUACUGGAGUAAGAACUGGGCCAAGGCAGCGGCAUUUGUGACCUCCCCUCCCCUGAGCCCAGACCCCACCACGCCUGACUACUUGACCUCCCUGCUGGCCUGUGGGGACCUGCAGGUCACGGGCAGCGGCCACUGUCCCUACAGCACUGCCCAGAAGGCGGUGGGCAAGGACAACUUCACUCUGAUCCCUGAGGGCGUCAACGGGAUUGAGGAGCGGAUGACUGUUGUCUGGGACAAGGCAGUGGCUACGGGCAAAAUGGAUGAGAACCAGUUUGUUGCUAUCACCAGCACCAAUGCAGCCAAGAUCUUUAACCUGUACCCCAGGAAAGGGCGGAUUGCCGUGGGCUCGGAUGCCGAUGUGGUCAUCUGGGACCCCGACAAGGUGAAGACCAUAACAGCCAAGAGUCACAAGUCGGCUGUGGAAUACAACAUCUUCGAGGGCAUGGAGUGCCACGGCUCCCCGCUGGUGGUCAUCAGCCAGGGCAAGAUCGUCUUCGAGGACGGCAACAUUAACGUCAACAAGGGCGUGGGCCACUUCAUCCCCCGGAAGCCUUUCCCCGAGUACCUCUACCAGCGCGUCAGGAUCAGGAGCAAGGUUUCGGGAUUGCAAGGUGUUCCCAGAGGCAUGUACGACGGUCCCGUGUACGAGGUGCCAGCCACACCCAAAUAUGCGACUCCUGCUCCUUCUGCCAAGUCCUCGCCUUCCAAACACCAGCCCCCGCCCAUCAGAAACCUCCACCAGUCCAACUUCAGUUUAUCAGGUGCCCAGAUAGAUGACAACAAUCCCCGGCGCACUGGCCACCGCAUCGUGGCGCCCCCUGGUGGCCGCUCCAACAUCACCAGUCUCGGCUGAAGGCGGACGAGUGGACAGAUGAGCUAGCGUGAAGCGUUCUAGGAAUAAUGUCCAUUCCUUUCCCUGUCGGGGAUUGGCAAAUCCGCAGUUUUAUUUGGUACUGAUGAGGGGAAAAAUUGAAUGAUGUUCUUUCCUCUUUUGUUUAGGAAGAAGUGGUACUAGUGUGGUGUGUUUGCUUGGAAACUCCUUGCCCCACAGUUGUGUGUUCAUGCCGACUCCACCUCAGAGCAUGGGUCUCCAUUUCCCUCCUUAGUGAACGCAGGUUCUAGCAUCGUCUUGUACUGUCCCUCCCACUUCUGACUCCACGGGCUCCAUGAAUCUCUGGGUGGUUCCUUUCGCACCCUUGUAGCUGCUCUAGGAUAGUUGAUGCAUGUUACUAAAUUAUGUGUGCAAGUCUGUGAGUGCAUCUGACGGAACAUUGCCGAGGACCAAUGUAGACACAAUGCCGAGACCUCAAGCCCUCAGGGGCAACUCCAAAACUCUUUACCGCGAGGAUGUUUACUCAUUGCCCCCACCCCAAGUCCACGCUAGAAAGAAGCCUGCCCCACUCCUCCCCGCUCCACCCCCCUUGAGAACCUUCUGUGAAUUCUCAGAGAGGCAGGGGAGCCUUCCAGUGUUUGCAGAGAAACAUCAUCCACGUCCUGUGUCAGAAACUCUGGUCUCCAUGGCACUUGUGACUCGCCAUGCUGUCUUCUGGUCUGUGUGUGUCCUUCCAGCCAGCUCCGACUUCAGGCCUAACCAGGUUCACACUCAGAAAGGGGGCUCCCCACCCCCAUCAGGGCUGACAAUGGUCGGGCAACAGCUGCUCCCCGUUGCCCCGCUCCUGGUCCCUUCGAGGUGUUUGACGGGGCAGUCAGAUUUUUAAAGUUUUGUACAAAGUUUUCCUUUGUAAUCACCCCCCAUUUUUACUUACCAACUGACUUAUUGUGGCUCUUAUUUCUGAAUUCAAAGCUUGUGAAAAAAUAAAGAAAAGAAACAGCCUGCUGGCCUGACCAG